ACCAGGGGAUUGGCAGUGGAAGUCCUCGCGAGACUGUGGAGCGAAAACCCGUCCGACCUUCUCUUCCCCUCACUACGAUCCCGCGAUCCAUCCGCCAUUAACAGCGUCAGCCGGAUCUCGAAUCCCAACUCGUUUGUGCCGAAUCCACGAUCCGCUUCUCCUCAUGGGUGAUUCUAAUGUUGAGAUCCAUGAUAAUGGCAAACAGGGAUUUGACCUGGGAGUCUUUGUCGGGGAUCUGGCUUUAGAUGAGGAUGCCAGCAGUGAUGAGAUAUCAUUGGAGGGACUACAAGAAGAACUUGAAGAAUGUAAGAAUGAUGAUGAAGUGGCAAAUAUACUAGCUAAAGGCACAAAAAUACGAGAAUACACGAAGGGUGUUGAAAACAAUGUACGUGAAGUUGAAUUGGACUCGAUACAGGAUUACAUUAAAGAGAGUGAUAAUUUAGUUUUACUACAUGAUCAAAUUCGUGAUUGCGACAACAUUUUAUCGCAAAUGGAAACUCUACUUAGUGGUUUUCAGGCAGAGAUUGGUUCUAUAAGCUCAGAGAUAAAGAGUCUUCAGGAGAAAUCCAUGGACAUGGGUCUAAAGCUAAAAAAUCGUAAGGCUGCAGAGUCUAAACUGUCAAGAUUUGUGGAAGACAUUAUUGUGCCCCCAAGGAUGGUUGACAUAAUUGUUGACGGAGAGGUGAAUGAUGAAUAUUUGAGAACCCUUGAGAUACUGAGCAAAAAGUUGAAAUUUGUUGAAGUUGAUUCUAUGGUCAAAGCAUCAAAAGCUCUAAAAGAUGUUCAGCCUGAACUGGAAAGACUUAGACAGAAGGCAGUCUCAAAGGCAUUUGAGUUCAUGAUUCAGAAGCUUUAUGCUUUGAGAAAGCCAAAAACAAAUAUUCAGAUACUGCAACAGAAUGUUCUUUUAAAGUAUAAGUAUGUGGUUCUUUUUCUUAAAGAGCAUGGUAAGGAGAUAUAUGCUGAGGUUCAUGCAGCAUACGUUGAUACAAUGAACAAGGUGUUGAGUGCACAUUUCCGUGCAUAUAUACAAGCAUUGGAAAAACUUCAACUGGAUAUAGCGACAUCGACUGAUUUACUUGGAGUUGAGACUAGAAGUACGGGCCUUUUUCUAAGAGGAAGAGAACCUAUAAAGAAUCGUUCUGCUGUUUUCGCUUUAGGUGAAAGAAUAAAUAUUUUAAAGGAAAUUGAUCAACCUGCAUUGAUUCCGCAUAUAGCUGAAGCUAACUCUCAGAAGUAUCCCUAUGAAGUUCUCUUCAGGAGCUUGCACAAACUUCUGAUGGAUACUGCUACUUCAGAGUACCUUUUUUGUGACGAUUUCUUUGGAGAAGAUUCAAUAUUUUAUGAAAUAUUUGCAGGACCUUUUGCAGUUAUAGAUGAACAUUUCAAUGCAAUACUUCCAAAUUGUUAUGAUGCAAUCGGCUUAAUGCUUAUGAUCCGGAUAAUACACCAACACCAGUUGAUUAUGUUCAGGCGAAGGAUUCCAUGCUUGGAUUCAUACUUGGACAAGGUUAAUAUUUCUUUGUGGCCUCGUUUCAAGAUGGUAUUUGACAUGCAUCUCAACAGUUUGCGUAGUGCCAAUGUGAAGACAUUAUGGGAGGAUGAUGUUCAUCCCCACUAUGUAAUGAGGCGCUAUGCUGAGUUCACAGCCUCACUUGUUCACCUCAAUGUUGAAUAUGGAGAUGGUCAGCUUGAUUUGAAUCUGGAACGGUUGCGAAUGGCUGUUGAUGACUUGCUUGUUAAGCUGGCCAAACUAUUCAUGAAGCCAAAGUCUCAGAUUGUGUUUCUCAUAAACAAUUAUGAUAUGACAAUCGCCAUACUAAAGGAGGCUGGUACAGAAGGUGGAAAAACACAAAUGCACUUUGAGGAACUGUUAAAGAGCAAUAUAGCUAUAUAUGUGGAAGAAUUGCUUGCGGAGCAUUUUAGUGAUCUCAUCAAAUUUGUCAAGACACGUGCUUCUGAGGAGACAAGUAGCAGCUCAGAGGGGCCCACCGUUAGUGAUGUUGAACCGUUGGUCAGGGAUUUUGCAAGCAGAUGGAAGGCUGCAAUAGAGCUGAUGCACAAAGAUGUGAUUACUUCUUUCAGCAAUUUCUUGUGCGGGAUGGAGAUCCUCAAGGCUGCAUUAACACAGCUUCUGCUAUACUAUACUAGGCUCUCUGAAUGUGUGAAGAGAAUUUCUGGUGGCUCUACUCUGAACAAGGACUUGGUUUCCAUAUCCUCAAUACUAUAUGAAAUCAAAAAAUACUCAAGGACCUUCUAGUUCUUCAUCCCUAUUCAAUGAACUGGAAACCCAGGAAUGACAUCAUUUCAAAAUUUCAAAGGAAGAAAAAAAUCCAGUGGAUCGUUGGGCUGUUCCCGUUUUUCCUGCCAUUUAUUCAGAUGGCUUUCUCGAUCAUGGUUUAGUUAUUUUGCAGUUGAGAGCUGCAUAUCUAUUAGCAUCGGAUCAUUGGGCGGGUACAAAGGGCUAUAGUUGCUCUACUUUAUGUAUUAUUAUGUUUCGCUGAAUGUGCAAUGUAUUAACAAUGAAUAAUCAGAGGCAUAUUAUUAGUUAGAUUUUGUUUGUAACUGUAUGUGAUUAUACCGUCUCCUUGUUAA